UUCCAAUCCCCUCCAUAUCAUGUGAUUCAGGUGUUCCAAUCCCCUCCAUAUCAUGUGAUUCAGGUGUUCCAAUCCCCUCCAUGGACACAGGUGUAUACAAUCAAGCCCCUAGGCAUGCAGACUGCUUCUACAAACAUUGGUGAAAGAAUGGGUCGCUCUCAGGAGCUCAGUGACUCCAAGCGUGGUCCCGUGAUAGGUGGCCGCCUGGGCAAUAAGUCCAUCCGUGACAUUUCCUGGCUACUAAAUAUUCCACGCUCAACUGUUAGUGGGAUUAUAACAAAGUGGAAGCCACUGGGAACAACGGCAACUCAGCCACCAAGUGGUAGGCCACGUCACAUGACAGGGCGGGGUCAGCGCAUGCUGAAGCGCACAGUGCGCAGAAGUCGCCAACUGGCUGCAGAGUCAAUAGCUAAAGACCUCCAAACUUGGUGUGGGCCUUCAGAUGAGCCCAACAACAGUGCGUAGAGAGCUUCAUGGAAUGGGUUUCCAUGGCCGAGCAGCUGCAUCCAAG